AUGAGCUCGAAAACAGGGCUACAAGACCUACUAGUCCAGCUGGCUCGGUUCUACAGAGCCAAUGAGGCCAGCAUCUCGGCUGAUCAAGUGUCGAAGUGUCUGGAGCUUCUUCCAGCGACGGAGAGCUCGGCUUUAGACCGACUGUUCAGCUUAUUGUUGCACCGCAAAACUAACCGGUUUAUUUCCUGCCAGUCUUCACCCGCAAGGCAAGACGAUGUGCCUUCAGUGGCUGCUCGGGCAUCCAAAGCUCGUGCCCAGCAGUCUUCUCCUAUUUCGCAUGCCCGCCAACAAAGGUCGCCCGAAGUCCACCCUGCUCGCCCCCUGAUCCCCGAGGCAAAUGAUUGCCAGGAAGACGUGUCCUUUGUCCGACCAAGGCCGGAAGAGUCCGACCCUUGUAGCCAGAGCACCUCUCCUUGCUCGGACAUCGAUGACCAAAAUACCACUGCAACCACUCCAGCCAUCACUCCAACACCGCCGGCUACAGGACCGCCAACGCCCCUCCACGUUGCGGCCGAAGAUGACACGUUCAGCACAAUAACAUUCUCACCAAGGAUUAGACGCCUCCUAGAAGACUGCAAAACAGACCGUGGAGGAUUCCUACGUGCAAUCGGAGAAGCCAAAGCGGCCUUCCCGACCGGGCAGGGCUGGGAAGCCGCGAUAGCCACCAAAGAAGAUAACGCGGACAUGCGCGAUUGUAUGAAGAUCUACCAUAGAUUUGAAUGCUACAACAUCUACCGGCACGUUGUCGAGGCCGGGUUCCACACAGGCACACAUUGGAUCCGGGAUUUGCGCACUGCACUAGCGAACAAGCUCUGCCAGGAAUUUCCCCAGCGGUUCCACAACCAAAAGGCCGCCAAUAAAAGCCUGAACUGGGUUGAUCAUGGCUGCAAGUAUCGUGAGUGGGCCGACAAUUUCAGGAACAACCCAACCGACCUGGGAUAUCUUAUCGCAUUACCUAUAGACGUGCCUCACUCAGCGUACACAUCAAGAUACACCAAGGAGAGAAAACACGCAUCCGUCAUCAAACUGAAGAGUCUGGGCAUCGAUGACCUGGUGAGAGACCUUGAACUCUCAGCACUGGGCGACCACAUCGCGGCGACAUUGAGGGAUAUGACAGGCAGGAAGCGCAAGGAUGUUCCUGGAGAGAUCAUGCCGGGUACCCGCAAGUCGCCGCGCGUGACGUCGUCGAGCCCCAGGGUACUAGCUGCACAGCCCGGCCAAAACCCUACCCCCCCGGAGUCGCUGGCUGCCAGUACAGACGGCAAUAAUACCCUGAACCCACUAGGCCAGCUCACCAGUGUCAGUAUCUGCCGUUCUAUAGCAGAUGACUAUGCGGUUCCAUAUAAUGAUCCAUUCAACAACAGUACGUCAUAA